AUGUUGACAUCCUGGCAGCUCUUCAAUUCAUUCUUGUGCUCCAGCCCAGAACAGUUUCAAUAAUGCCAUUUAGCAUAAGCCUUGAAGGUGAGCAACUACCUCUGUGACUCACAUCUAGAGGACCAAGAACGACUGGACAAAGAACUGGCUGAAAAGCUCAGAUUGACUGGAUAUUUAAAGACACACCUAUGAGCUCAGAAAGCAAGGAAGCUGACAGAGUCCUGAAGUCUUGUAUCUUACUGGGAAGUCAGUGAAGAAACUUUGAAGUGAUGACCCCCUCGGACAAAGACACCAAUGGACUAGACAAUCCCGUUUUUAUAACUGAUGAUGAGGGGCAUUACUGUAACUUCACUAAAGCUGGUGCCACAGUUGCAGACUCUGAAGAGAGGCAGAAAGGCAAAGACUGUAACAGACUUGCUUACACUGUCACAGAUAUCCCGCCGUGGUACCUCUGUAUCUUCUUGGGAAUUCAGCACUACCUCACUGCACUUGGGGGUCUUGUUGCUAUCCCUCUCAUCCUCUCCAAAUCGCUUUGCUUGGAGCAUGAUAGCUUGACACAGAGUCAUCUGAUCAGCACCAUCUUCUUCGUCUCAGGGAUAUGUACCCUUCUUCAAGUCAUCUUUGGAGUCAGGCUCCCUAUUCUGCAAGGAGGGACUUUUGCCUUCUUAACUCCUUCACUGGCCAUGCUCUCUCUCCCCUACUGGAAGUGCCCUCAAUGGACUCAAAAUGCCAGUUUGGUGGAUGCUGCUUCUCCAGAGUUUGUUGAUGUCUGGCAGACACGAAUACGAGAGUUGCAGGGAGCGAUCAUGGUAGCUGCCUGCUUCCAAAUCUUUGUUGGUUUUUCUGGUCUCAUUGGAUUUCUGAUGCGGUUCAUUGGCCCUUUGACAAUUGCUCCAACUAUAUCCUUGGUGGCGCUGCCUCUCUUUGGAUCUGCAGGGGAUGAUGCAGGAGAACACUGGGGCAUAGCAGCCAUAACCAUUUUCCUCAUAGUUCUAUUCUCUCAGUACCUGAAAAAUGUGCCUGUUCCAGUGCCAUCUUACAAGAAAAGCAAGAGAUGCCAUUUCUCCAAGAUCUACCUCUUCCAGAUCUUCCCAGUGCUGUUUGGCCUUACAAUUUCUUGGCUUCUCUGUUUUGUACUUACCGUCACCAAUGUCUUCCCUUCGGACAAAAAUGCUCAUGGCUAUAAAGCUCGGACUGACAGCAAAGGUGAUGUUCUGUCCAAGGCACCGUGGUUUCGGUUUCCUUACCCAGGUCAAUGGGGAGUUCCAACUAUUAGCUUGGCCGGGAUAUUUGGCAUCAUAGCUGGAGUGAUCUCCUCCAUGGUGGAGUCAGUAGGAGAUUACUAUGCUUGUGCUCGUUUAUCUGGUGCUCCACCCCCUCCCAAGCAUGCUAUCAACCGUGGAAUUGGAAUGGAGGGGAUUGGCUGCCUUCUGGCUGGGGCCUGGGGAACAGGGAAUGGCACUACUUCUUACAGUGAAAAUGUGGGUGCUUUGGGCAUCACCCGGGUAGGGAGUAGAAUGGUCAUUGUGGCUGGUGCCUGUGUUAUGCUUUUGACUGGCAUGUUCGGCAAGGUUGGAGCUAUGUUUGCCAGCAUUCCAACUCCCAUCAUUGGAGGAAUGUUCUUUGUGAUGUUUGGCAUCAUCACUGCUGUGGGGGUUUCUAAUUUACAGUAUACAGAUAUGAACUCUUCAAGAAACCUGUUCAUCUUUGGAUUUUCUAUAUUCUCGGGUCUGACUGUUCCUUUCUGGGUACAGCGUAAUUCAGAAGCAGUUAAAACAGGAAUUGAACAGCUGGACCAAGUGAUCAGUGUGCUGCUAACUACAGGCAUGUUUGUUGGGGGAUUCCUGGGCUUUCUUCUCGAUAACACUAUACCAGGGAGCAAGGAAGAACGGGGACUCCUGGCAUGGAAAGAGGGUUAUAAGGAGGAGUCUGAUGAUACUGCAAACACCACGGACAUCUAUGAUCUACCCUUUGGAAUAGGCUCUAAGUUCUGUGUUGCUAACUGGUUUCAGUACCUCCCAAUGUGCCCCAAGCGCCCAGCUAGAAACAAUGCACAGGAACACAAUAAUCAUGUACAGGAGAACAACAGCAAUAUUAAUUCAGAAAGGGACGCAGAAAUGAAUGUUGACACCAGAAUCUAAGACCACACCAGUAGACAAAUUGGUUUGCUAAGCCAUUGAAAUAACAUCAUUUUUGCUCUUUCAUGCCACUGGCUGAAGCAAGAAAGACUAAGUUCCUGCAAGCCGCUCCAUAAUUUGCCAUUUGUUCAGCGCGAUCUUGUGUGUCAAUUUCUCUGCUGCAAGAAUACAGUACCAUUUUGAGGAAUAACCUUGACUAGGGAUUAGGGACCCCAGCAGGUCCAAGGUGGAGAGCUUGUUUUCCUUCCUACCCCGGGAACCUGUUGCCCUGAAAAUCCAGUGUGUGGUUUUUGAGUUCCUGAGUAACUGGACAAGCUAGUGCCAAGGAGCAAGGUUACUGACUUAGGCCUCAUUAAAACCAGACUCAAGAUUUUGUCUCUGCUAGAAUGAUCCUAUGCAGUUGGCUGAACUACUUUACCUGUGUCUCAAUAUUUUGUUGCUCCCAUACCUUUUAGUCUUCAGAUUUGUUAAACAGUAAAGCAAGGAUGAGGAACCUGUGGCACUCCAAAUGUUGUUGGACUCUAUCAGCCCCAGUCAGGAUGGCUAAUGGUCAAGACUGAUGGGAGAUGUAGUUCAACAACAUAUGGAAGGCCACAGGUUCCCCAUCUCUGCUGUAAGUCUCUGGAGGACAUACUAUACCUUUUAAUAUAUGUUAUUUAUGUUAUCUGCUACAACAGGCUUCCAGAAAUCUGUAAAAUAAAUUUGUAGGUUCUAAGCUGCUUUUAGACUUCCAUGAAAGUCAGUAUUUGUGAGAAGCCACACAGAACAAAUACUAUACAGAGAUAUGCUUUAUCUUCUUGGUUAAAUCAUAAAAAUGUUGUGCCAAAAGGAAGUAAUCAAUAAACUAACCUGUGACAUAUACAGGGAUUUUUUUAAAAA